AUGAGUGACGAGGAGUAUAUUGUACGUCGUGAAGUCGAAUAUGGAGAGGAGGAAGAGCAGUCACAACUACCUAAUCCUUCUGAAGAUAGUGUUUUUGAUAAUGAGUUCAGAAUAUUGAUACUUGCAAAUACCACAAUCAACAAAGACCAAAACGGGAAUAAUAGGGUCAAUGUUGAGGAAUCAGACAUGGAAGAGAUUUUAAUACGCCAAGUCAGAACCUUGGAUGACGUGAACGAAUUUUUUGAUGCCUUUGAUUCAGAGAUUGCCCAGCCAAAUGAGGGACACUUGAAAUAUGAGGUUGGAAGUGAUGGACUAUGCGUUGUUCUAGUCGAUUCGGUGAAAAUCAAGGAUGAUGCUGUUACCUUUAUUAAUAGAUUUAUCAAAAGAUACCAAGGCAGUGAUGAUGGAAAUAAUAUAAACCAUAAAGAAGAAGAAGAAGAAGAAGAAGAAGAAGAAAGUAGAGAUUCUAAAAGAAGAAAAUAA